UCUAGUCAGUGUCUCUCUCAUCUCGUUACAAAAAAAAUUGUAUUUUCAUUUUGUUUUCAUUCAUUACUUGUUUUUUUUCUGUAUUGCGAAAUUAUUUGAAACAAAAUUCACAGCUUAAUAAUUAAACUCAUGAUUUUGCAACACGUCCAUCAUGUCAGAGUCGUCUAAAUCUUCAAAGUCUUCGAACUUAAACCCUUCGCCGACUCUUCAGUGCAAAGAUCUCCACGAAUAUUUAAAAAGUCGCUCGGCUCAGUUUUUGGAAACUCUGUACAAUUAUCCUACUAUAUGCCUUGCAGUUUACCGGGAGCUUCCAGAGUUAGCACGACACUUUGUAAUAAGGCUUCUGUUUGUGGAGCAGCCGGUGCCACAAGCUGUAGUGGCUUCGUGGGUCUCACAGACACAUGCUAAGGAACAAAGCAAGGCAUGUGAAGCAUUAUCAGAGUUGUUUGUGUGGCAGGAGGCACCCAUACCCGGGGGACUGCCCGGAUGGAUGCUCUCACAGUCCUUCAAGAAGAAUCUCAAGGUGGCUUUGCUGGGAGGAGGUCGUCCAUGGAGCAUGUCAUCCUCUCUAGAGCCAGAUGGCAAAGCGCGAGACGUAGCGUUCCUGGACGCAUAUGCGCUGGAGAGAUGGGAGUGUGUGCUGCACUAUAUGGUGGGGUCCGCACAGACUGAGGGCAUCAGUGCUGAUGCUGUGAGGAUUCUGCUGCAUGCUGGGCUUAUGACCAGAGAUGCAGAAGAUGGCUCAGCAGUAAUAACUAGGGCUGGUUUCCAGUUUUUACUGCUCAGUACUGCUAAACAGGUGUGGCUGUUCCUUCAACAUUACUUGCACACUGCAGAGAAAAGAAGUCUGAGCGCAGCUGAGUGUCUAGCAUUUCUAUACCAGCUCAGCUUCAGUACUUUAGGAAAGGAUUACAGCACAGAAGGCAUGAGCAACAAUAUGUUGGUGUUUUUGCAACAUUUGAGGGAGUUUGGUCUUGUUUACCAGAGAAAGCGCAAAGCGGGCCGCUUUUACCCCACGCGACUCGCCCUCAACAUUACCUGCGUGAAGGACGGCAUCGCGCCGCUGGACACCACCACCACUAGUGGGUACAUCAUCGUAGAAACCAAUUAUCGAGUAUACGCGUACACACAGAGCAGUUUACAGGUGGCCUUAUUGGGACUCUUCACCGAACUGAUAUACAGGUUCCCAAACGUGGUAGUGGGGGUGUUGACUCGGGAGUCGGUGCGCGCGGCGCUGCGGGGAGGCAUCUCGGCGCAGCAGAUCAUACGGUACCUCGAGCAGCACUCGCAUCCGCAGAUGCUGAAAUCAGACACGGCCGGCGUCAGGACAGCCUCAGUGCUUCCGCCCACAGUCGUAGACCAGAUCCAGCUGUGGGAGAGCGAGCGAAACCGGUUCACUUACACUGAGGGGGUUGUGUACAACCAGUUCCUGUCGCAGGCGGAGUUCGCAGUGCUGCGCGACUACGCGAAGGGCGCGGGCGUGCUGACGUGGCACAGCGAGCGGGCGCGGACCAUGGUGGUGACGCGCGCCUCGCACGACGACGUCAAGCGGUUCUGGAAGCGAUACUCCAAGGCUUCCUAACCUGUCUCACCUCUAUCAGAGUGAACUACAGUGAUAGUGAUAUGUCAAAUAUUAGGCUAUGGUGACGCGAAAUCAUAGAAAAAUAGGGAUGUCAUAUGUACAAACAUUAUUUGACUCCUGCCAGUGACGUCGACGCCUCGACGUUUUGUUAGCAACUCCCAUUACGUCGGAUCGGUAGAUUAGCAAGAAACCGGACACCUGACAGAGGUGUUCGCAUUACACCGGAUCCCACAAGAAAAUCAGACAGUCAAGUACUCACCCAAAGUACGGAGACCUUGCAGCAUUGGAAGUGUAGACUGCAUAGGUGAACAGACAUGGAACGAGCUGCAGGGAGCCGGCGCGGGCGAUAGGUUAGUGAAGAGUAUGAAUUAUGAUGCAACGCUCUAGCCAUUCAAAUUAUUAUUGAAAGAUGAUGGUCUACUGAGAUCAUCUUCACUCCAUUCCGCUUUAGUGGACAGCCAACCUAAGCUGUACUAACGUAUUACGGCUUGCCUUAAUAAUAUAUUAUAGUUGUGAUUAUGCUGACAUUAAGAAUAUUAAUUAAAUUAAAUUAAAUUUUAAUGUUAAGAUUAAGUAAAGUAAGACUGUAAAAAUAAUGUAAAUACAUUUUGUUUAUAAUUUGGAGUUUCAUUUCGUAACUCAGUAAUGUCCGCGUAGAUUUAGGUUUUUAAAAAAUCGCGUGUAGAAUUUGAUUUUUAAGAUAAAAAGUAGCCUGUGUCUCCGGGAUGAAAGCUCUUUUUCUAG